GAGCACCUUCCACCUACGCGCGAUAUGGUUCAACAUUUCGCCUCUAUUAUCUGCGGAUUUGAGGUUGGGAAGACCUGGGUUACACGCUUCGUCCAGCGGCAUCACAAAGCGCUUACUCCACAGUGGACCUCCGCCAUGGCCUCCGAACGUCACGCCGCUGAUUCCUAUAGUAAGUACAGCUUGUACUUUGACAUGUUAGAGCUUAAAAUAAGCAAGAAGGGCAGCUUCUUCUUAUUAUUUUGGCCUGCUUGGCUGCAAUUAUUUACUAAAGACAACAUACUUAAAGCCUUCAAGGCAACAGGCCUUCAGCCGCUUAAUCGCGAUAAAGUACUCAAGCGCUUCCCCAAAGGAGCUGCCACUCCGUCCACCCCUCCGCCGCCCAAGGCAGGUACAACAGCACGCAAAAUAAUAAGGAAGUUAGACUCUGUUGUGGGCAAUAGGUACUCUAAUAAAGCAAGAGCUCUCUGCCACGAGGUACACCACCUCACGAUUAAGAAUGAGCUGCUUAACAAUAACGUACAAGGCCUUACAGAGUUGCUUUUAAUUAAGAAGAAGCAGGAUAAGAAAAGCAAAGCGCUCACUUUAGUUAAGCCAUUAUUAGACUACUGGGGUGGCGCGAAGUGGUGGUUGCCUCAAUUGUUCAAGGAAGCCCGCCACAGAGAGCAGAUUAUAAAGGAGACCGCGCAUGCAGAGAAGCUUGAAAAGGCUAAUGUCAAAGAGCUUAAAGCUGCUAAUAAGCUAUACAACGACAAGAUCAAAGAACAGAAGCGCGAGGCGGCUGCUGCGGCGAAGGAAGUGCGUGACCGCAAGUGCGCGGAGGAACGCGUAGCGAUCGAUGCUCGCAAAGCUCAAAGACUCAAGGAUAAACAAGCUCGCGACGCUCAAAAAGCCAGCCAAUUGCCUAACAAAGGCAAGCGCAAAGCUUCAAAAGCACCUCAGGCACCUGCAGCCAAAAAGCGUCGUUCUGCGCAGCCUCGAAGUGGUGCUGUUGCUGCAGCGGCUGCUCCGCCUCGCGGCACUCACACAACCCGCAGCGGCCGCACCGCAACAUUAUAUAAAUAGUGCUUUUGGCAAAUGAAUUGCAUAUAUUAAUUGACUAUAAUACUAACAAACCUCGUGAUAAUUACUAUUGUGGCUGUUUCUACAGCCUCAUUUUGCUAUGGUGCGUGAGGUGGGUGCUGCGUGCGGAACGCGGAACCGUGCGGCACGAGCUCCGGCACGGUA